AUGGCACCCGUAGCUCUAAGAAAGCUGACGUCGAUGCAGGCGGCCCGCGAGGCUGAAAUAAAAAGCAUCCACGAGCGAUUGAUCUCGAAGCCACGUGAGUCACUUACGAGAGACAUUGUGAAGGCCCGACUCGAUGCCAUCAAGGAGGUAUGGACUGAGGCGCGAAAAACCAACGCGGAUAUAGUCAUUCGAGACGAUGUUGAGGCGGAUGCGUACAUCACGGAUAAAUGGUUCGAGCGUAUGCAGGGCGUGUAUGAGGGUGCUUUGGACGAGAUGCUUAUGAUGCUUGCCCCUUUCGAAAAGGACGCUGAUAGCAGCAUUUCAGAUGCGGGCUCUGAGUCGCGUGUCGCGAGGCUGCCUCGACUCCCGCUGCCUACCUUUUCGGGCGCAUACGAAGAAUGGGCGAUCUUCUGCGAUUUAUUUGCUUCACUGGUGCAUAAUAACUCUCGCUUAUCAGACGCCACGAAGCUUCAACACUUGAACUUGUGCUUGAUGGGCGGGGCCGCGGAACUCAUCAGGGACGUGUCGACAACGAACGCGAAUUACGUGGGUACAUGGAAAGCGUUGAGGACUCGGUACAAUAACCCGCGCUUAAUAGUCAACAAGCUACUAAGGUCAUUCAUAGAGAUUUCGAGCAUGAGAGUAGAGUCGGCGACUGCCAUGCGAGCGUUCGUGGAUGAAUCGCAGCGUAUUGUUCGGGCUUUGGAAAACUUGCAAUUGCCAGUCGGGCACUGGGACGUGUGGCUAGUAUUUUUGCUGGCUGAUCGGUUGGAUGCGGAGUCACGAAAAUUGUGGGAGGCCGAGCUCAGCGCUAGAGAUUUGGAGAAUAGCGCAGACGGGAGCCCUGACGGGCCGGAUUCCCUUAAUUCUCAGCCAAAGUAUUCUGAUUUAGUUCGAUUUUUGGAAAAGAGAGCCCAGGCUCUUGGCAUGAUUUCGACGGAUAGAAAGGCGGAAAAGAGACCGGUGUCUGGCUCAGCACUGGCGCAGGCUCGGAAAGUUUUUCACGCAGGCGCGACUCAGCAAUCUGCUUCUUCGAGGUACCUCUUGUGUUCGGGAGCGCACCCACUGUGGAAGUGCACUAAAAUAAAGGAGAAGGCUCCGCAUGACCGAUACUCGACGGCGCGUCGGCUACAGGCCUGCUUUAAUUGCCUCAGAUCGCAUAAGGCUAACGCGUGCCCUUCUUCGGGGCGUUGUACCAGUUGCGGAGGCAAGCACCACUCGAUGCUUCACCUCAAGCCUCCAGGAAAAUCUGAACGGCAGAACUCGAGUGGUUCACAGCAGCAGGGAUCGGGUGGCGGUCAGGGCGUGGGGUCCAGGGUCGGCGCGGCUGCUGUAGCGUUGCAUGCGUCCGCGAUUGCGACGUUGAGUCGCGGAGUCCUUUUGGCUACUGCUCGAGUGACGGUGGUGGGUCCAGCUGGAGAUAGCACCGUCGUUUGCGCCCUUUUGGAUCAGGGCUCCGAGGCGUCCUUCGUAUCAGAGUCGGUCGUGCAGUUGUUAGGCCUUUCGAAGGAGCGUGUUUGUGUCGCUUUGAGCGGCCUGGGCACCAGUUCGGUGGGUAUUGCGCGUGUGAGCAUGGAACUUGUUUUGAAAUCAUCGACCGAUGAGGGCUUCGCGAUUCGGACAAGCGCGUUUGUCCUCCCUCGUCUCACUACGCAGCUCCCGGCAAAGAAUAUCACUGAUUUAGACUUGAGACGCUUCACCGGGUUUAAGCUCGCUGAUCCGGAAUUUUUCAUUUCAAAGAAAAUCGACCUCAUUCUGGGUGCCGAUGUUUAUGGGCAGUUGCUCCGACCGGGCUUGGAAAGAUUGGUUCCUUCACGGAUCGUCAUGCAAAAUACGGCAUUUGGAUGGAUUGUCUCGGGUGGGUUGCAUGAGGAGCGCUCACGGCGGGCGGAGCAAGCUGACUCUCGAGUGUAUGUACAGGCGCUGCACUGCGCUGCGUCGGAUGAGUUGGAACGGUCACUAAAGCGAUUUUGGGAGCUCGAGGACUUACCGGUGACGCAGGUUAAAAUGAAGCUCGAGGACGAGGCUUGCGAGAAAAUAUUCAAAGAGACGCAUGGGCGCGACGCGGAUGGAAGAUAUGUCGUGCGGCUGCCAUGGAAGGCAGAUUUACCGUCUGGAGCGGCUGAAACAAGGCGGAUGGCCGUUGGCUCCCUUUCUUCCAUGUACCGUCGGUUUGCGCGCGAUCCCCAAUUGGCGCAUAGUUAUCAACAAUUCAUGACGGAUUAUGAGCGACUGGGCCAUAUGACACGGGUUCCGGACUCUGAGGUGCGCGAGGAUAAAGCGUGGUAUUUGCCUCACCAUGCCGUGGUGCAGUCAACGACGGCUGAUUGGAAGCUGAGGGUAGUCUUCGACGCAUCGCGGCGAACUCGGGAUGGCCUUUGCCUUAACGGAUUUCUGCACACGGGUGCUCCACUCCAACGAGACCUCUCGCUAGUUUUACUCAAUUGGCGGCGUUAUUUGUACGUGUUUACCGCGGAUAUAGUUAAAAUGUUUCGACAGAUCCGCGUGAAGCCGGAGGACCAGGAUCGACAGAGAAUUGUGUGGGCGCCUAACCCGGACUCUGUCCCACGAGAUUACCGCUUAACUACGGUCACGUACGGCACGGCAUGCGCGCCCUUUUUGGCGAUACGAACUCUGUUACAAUUGACCGAGGAUGAGGGCUCGCGGUUUCCGCUGGGAGCGGCAUGUCUCAGCACUGAAACAUACGUCGACGACACGUUCGCCGGGGCCGAUGAACUGACGGACGCGCUGCAAAAAAGGAACGAGCUCGUUAAGCUGCUGGGUUGCGCCGGGAUAUCACUAGAUAAAUGGGCCGCAAAUCACCCAGAGCUUAUCCCUCCUCGACUAGCGCAGGAGGACGUAAAACAAAUCGACGAGGACCAGUCAGUAAAAACACUCGGCGUGCAUUGGAGUCCUGCUCACGAUCAAUUUAGAUUUAGUUGUAGAGACGUCGCAGAAUUGUCAGCUGCCUCCACGAAGCGGACGGUUCUCUCAAACAUUGCUCGACUAUUCGAUCCGCUUGGCUGGCUGUCCCCGGUGACAGUAGGAGCGAAAAUCUUAAUGCAGGAUCUGUGGAUUCAAAAAUGCGAUUGGGAUUCUCCUCUACCGGCGGAGAUUCGCGAGCGUUGGUACGAAUACUGCAAGUCAUUGGCCAAUCUGCCGUCGCUGGCAGUCGACAGAUGGUUGGGCGUUGCAGGUAAUUGCUCAUUACAAAUUCACGGAUUCUCUGACGCGUCAUCGCGGGCCUUCGCGGCCGCCGUAUAUCUGCGCGUGGAUGGAGGGGACCGACAUAUUAAGGUGUCACUGUUAGCCGCAAAGACGAAGGUCGCUCCGGUAAAGACCGUCAGUAUACCGAACUUAGAGCUUUGCGGCGCCGCUCUGCUUGUUAGGUUGAUUGGCCACUUGAUGAAACUGGACUUUCUUAAAACAGCUCCGGUCUUCGCUUGGUCCGACAGCCAGAUUGUGCUUAUGUGGCUGCGCAGGCACCCCUGUUCUUGGAAAACCUUUGUUGCAAAUAGGGUGUCGUUCAUCCAGACGGAGUUGCCCUCUGCAACUUGGAGGCACGUGCCGACAAAGGAAAAUCCGGCUGACUUGGCGACACGAGGAGCCGAUCCUAUAGAGUUGGCGGAGAAUGGGCAGUGGUGGCACGGGCCUCGAUGGCUCGCUGAGGCUCCGGAGCAGUGGCCGGAGGCAGCGGAAAGUCGCCGAGUCGCUCACGUUCAAGUUUCUCAGUUGGUAUCCAUAAGAAAUAAGAAUAGAGACUGGAUAGGCGUGCUGCAUAGCACAAUUAUUAAGGUCUUAGGUCAAUUCACAGGGUGUGGGCCUGAUUCUUGGAGUCAGUAA